AUGAAUAUCAUAAAUAUAAUUUUAAUUAUAAUGUCGAUGGUAAACAACACAUUCUCGGAAGGUGUAAAUCAAAACCUUUUGGAAAGUGGAAAAGGGCAAUAUCAGCUUUUAAAAGAAAAAAGUAAUUUACCACAUUAUGGUAACUGUUGGAAACAAGGUGUAGAACAUCUAGAAAAAGGAUGCCAAUCACUUGCUGAAGAUAAACAAAGUGAACUUGCACUACAUUUUACGAACUGUUUUCUAAAAAUGUCUGGUCAUGAUACUUACAAUUGUGACUCAGAUAAGAAAAGAAAUUUAAGAGCAAUCUGUAUUAACACUAUGUCAGACAGAGCAUUCAAUGUAUAUACAGAGUUUUAUACUCACAUCCAAAAUAUUUGCAGCUUUUUACAGGGGCAUAUUUGGCAUGAAAUGAUUAGUGAAAAUACAAUAACCGUCGGUCUUAAGUUAAAAGAAACCGCACAAAGUCAAGAAGACUUAUUACAAGCUCAAAAAGAGAGCAUACAACUGCAAGAAAAAAUGUUACAACAUGGUCGAGUAUUAGAAAAUGUAUUGGAUGAUUUGUUUUUAUCAUUUAAGACUCACGAAGAUAUAUUGAAUGUGUUAUUUCAAACGAUGUCUAAUUUACAGAGCUGGAUAGUUGGAGAAAUGUAUUGGUUUGAUUCAAUUAUUUUUUACACUGCUUUUGUUAUUGUUGCAUUUAUUAUGACAUCAUCUCAAAGAACCAGUACAGCUAGAUUAUUUAUUUUCAUUGUGCUUCUUAUAAAUUUUCUCAUAGAAAGAAGCAUAUGUACUUUAUAUACAUAUUUUUCAAAUGAAGAGGCUUCAACCAUGUAUUCUAAUCUUCAUAAUCAUAUUUGGUUGAUACGUUAUGCUUUUAUGGUACUUACAAUAAUUUUACUAGCUUAUUUAGCAUUUAAUCAAAUUGAUCCUUUAAGAAAACAGCACGAGAUUCUUUAUUUAAUUCAAGAACAAAACUCUGCCAUUUUGGAUAUACUAAAAACAUCAAUAAAUUCUGACGUAUGCUUAAAUAACUUUAAUAGGGCAAUUAAAUCUGUUGAUGAAUCAAAAAUUGAUAAAGAUCUAUCAAAUAUUCAGCAGGAUUAUUAUAUAUUAAAUGAAUCUAUGCAAGAUUCCAAUAAGUCUGAAAUGUUGGAUGUAAAAGAUGUAUCAAAUGAUAUUAAUUUGAAAGUUAAGAAGAAUAAACUAAAUCUUUUAGGAAAAUAUAACCUUCGCAGUAGUAGAAGUCGUAGUAAUAGUACUAAUAAGUAGUAGGUGUACAUUUAGAAUCUAAAAUUAUAAUAAAAAGUAUUUAUUUAUAUUUUAUUGAUUUUUUCAACCCACCGUUUUACAAAAUAUAUUAGCAUGUUAAACUUUGACAAAUGUUUAGACUGAGUAAUUUGGAGGUUCAUCUUAUUCAGACAUCACAUUCACAAGCUCUGUAAAAGUUUGUAAGACCCUAAUAUUUAAGGAUUAUUUAGCA